AUGGAUCUCGAGAACCGCAUUAAAGCUUAUCGUUUCGUCGCCUACUCGGCAGUCACCUUCUCGGUGGUCGCAGUCCUCUCCGUCUGCGUCACUCUGCCCAUGGUCUACAACUAUGUGCACCAUGUGAGACGUCAGAUGCACAGUGAGAUCGCUUACUGCAAGGUAAACUUUAUUCGUUUUCCUUCUUCUUCCAUACAGCAAAAGAAAACUCCCUGCAACUUUUUGAUGACUUUUCAAGAAAUCUCAUAUCUAAUGAUUACAGGGAUCCGCCAAGGACAUCUGGUCCGAGGUCAACCAAAUCCGCAGCGGCCCAGCCAACCGUACCGCCCGUCAGGCCGGCUACGACUCUGCUGUCGGUGGCGGACCCGCCGCCGUCUCCGGAGGCGGCGCAUCCGGUGGCUGUGACGGCUGCUGUCUGCCCGGCCCACCAGGAGCUGCCGGUACCCCCGGUAAGCCAGGACGCCCAGGAAAGCCCGGUGCUCCCGGACUUCCAGGAAACCCAGGAAAGCCCCCAGUCCAGCCUUGCGAGCCCGUCACCCCACCACCAUGCAAGCCUUGCCCACAAGGACCACCCGGCCCACCUGGCCCACCAGGACCACCAGGAGAUGCCGGAACCCCCGGAGCCCCCGGAAACCCAGGAUCCGACGCCAGCCCAGGACAGCCCGGACCCAAGGGACCACCCGGCCCACCAGGACAGCCCGGUCAGCCAGGAGCCCCCGGAGAGCCAGGAGCCCCAGCCCAGAGCGAGCCCAUCGUCCCAGGACCACCAGGACCAGCUGGAGAUGCCGGACCACCCGGACCACCUGGACCCCCAGGACAGCCAGGAGCCGACGCCGGACCAGGCCCAGCUGGACCCAAGGGACCACCCGGCCCACCAGGACCACCCGGAAACGACGGACAGCCCGGUCAGCCAGGUCAAGCCGGCCCACCCGGAAGCGCCGGAGAGAAGGGAAUCUGCCCCAAAUACUGCGCCAUCGAUGGUGGAGUCUUCUUCGAGGACGGAACUCGGCGUUAA